CUUUGGCAACGCCAUGGCAAUGCCAUGGCGGAGCCCAAGGGGAUGCCAAGCUAUGUGGGCGAGGGCAGCGCCAGGGGAGGUGAUCUCGGCGAUGCUAAACAAGGCCUCAGCUUGGGCAACAACACUGAUCCUGCAGACGACAAUGCCAUCCUUCUGGACAGCGUGGGCGAUGCUCCUUGUAUUAGCAGAGAGGAUCCAAAUGACGCUGGCAAACUGGGCAGUGGCGCCCCAAGCGCAAAAGGUACCAACGACACCUUCCCAGCUUCUACGGCGCCUAAGCUGCACGUGGAGGCGCUGACGACGCCUUGGGGCGAGGAGUCACUAGAAACAGCGCCAAUUGCGUGGAACCUGUCAGGCAAUGCCUUGGGCGGUUGGCGGAUCUUGGUGGAAAAUCAGGCUGCACCACCCGACGAUCUAGGCUAUUGUACAACACUGUCGAUGAGGAGUUAG